AAAUAAUAAAUUUAGCAAAAUAAGAUGAACAGAAAUUUUGCCAUUGUUUUAGUGGUGACUGCCUGCUUGGUGGGGAGUGUGGUAGCGGAUAAGACUAUUAAUUUGGUGACUUCUGGGUCACAACAGUUGAAUAUUAUUUAUAAGGAGCCUCAGGAUGGGGAAUUGUUGAGAGUGCAGACACAGGUGAUCCUCGAUUCCGUCCUUGGCAGCGCGAAGUAUGCUAGUGCUAUUUGUGCUAAUACAGGGAGUAGUAGUUAUACAGUAUCAGAUGGCACUACUGUUGAAGCAUUCGGCUUUAUGUUUGCUUGUUCAAUCUCAGGAGGAUGCACAAAUUCUCAAGAUGUAGGAGUUACUUUCUACGGAAGCACUGCACAAUACUCCUCCAGCAACUGGUAUUGGAAAGUAAAUACUAGAGUUGAUAUUUCCUCAGUAAAUAAAGGAACUGAGGCUGGUAAUGGAUUGACAGUUACUUCUGUCUUUGGAUUGCCUUCUAAUUUUGCUGACUGGGCUAAUAUACCUCUUCAAGAUGUUACUGCCUAUCUGAAAUGAUUUGGAGCUUUUAAUGUUGACUCUACAUCAGCGAACAUCAAUUCAGAUCAAACACUUACUUCAUGGCCUACCCAGACAGAAGCAGUCACAAUUACUGCUGCUGAUUUAAAGAGUUCAGGAAUGAGCCAAUUUUCUUUGCUGAAAGAAGGAAUUGUUAUAUCUAGCAUUGCUCUAUCAUCAUUCCUUCUCUAAGUCUUAUAAUUGCUCAAAUUCACCAAUAAGUUCAUCUCAUUAAGC